GAUUACCUCAACUCCGCCGGCGGCACAGCAGACUACCGAAAGCCGGCGGAGCAAAAAGAAGGGCAUGGCAGGCUGGAGGAAGACUGGUACCGAUCGCUCGCUUCCAUGAAACAGGGGUAGCGGAUGUAAUGAUCGCCCUACCACUCACCCUCUCUUCGAUUGAGGCUCUGGAGGAUGGAGGGUAUCACAAGGAUCCACCGAUCUCUUCUCGGAGGGGAGGAGGAACAAGAUGAGGACUUCUUGGGCGAAUCCAACGGCCCUUGCUCCCUAUCUCCGCUCCAGAGACUCUAUGGGUUCGCGGCGUGUCUGGUUGCUGGCUUGGCUUGUAUGCUCUUGUCACUUAUUGUUUUUUCAAAACCUAUCAAAUUUGCAGUGAUGUUCACCUUUGGAAACAUAUUGGCUGUAGGAAGCACAGCCUUCCUGAUUGGACCAGGACGACAGGUAAGAAUGAUGCUUGAUCCAGUUCGUGUUUACGCAACAGUGAUUUACAUUGGAUGUGUCAUUCUAGCCCUUGUUUGUGCUCUUUGGAUUCAUAACAAGUUGUUGGCACUUCUUGCAAUUAUAAGUGAAACUUGUGCUCUUAUUUGGUACAGCUUGUCUUAUGUGCCAUUUGCUCGGAGAAUGGUCUCAGAAUUGCUUAUAAGUUGCUGUGACACUGAGAUAUAGGCUGAUGCUGAGUCAGUGAUGGUUGGCAACUCCUGUAUUCUUAUGAUGGUAAUACACAUUCCUCUAAUGAUUGCUGAUUAUGGAAACCUUGAGUGACACCACAUUUUCCUCCUGUUCUUUUUCCUUUUCAUUUGUUGUGCAUGAGAAUGCCCGUUUGUCUUGUACCUUUUAGGGGGCUUUAGGAGAUUCUUUUGAGGUUCCACAAGGGUGUUGACAUCUCUCUCUCUCUCUCUGUGUGACAUAUUACAGUUUGAUUUUAACUGAUGAUUGGUUUGUUUUC